AUGGCACCCCAACAAAAUGCAGCUACUUUGUCGCCUUGUGCGUCUCAAGUGAAGACGAAGUGCAGCAACCAGAAUCGCAAAAUAGGGCUUAAAAAGCUGCAUGAGAUUGAGCAACUGGCGGGCAAGAUUCACGAACAUUGUGCAGAGACACAGACUCAACUGAUAAUCGACUUGGGCUCCGGGCUGGGAUACCUGAGCGAGGCGCUGUUUAAACUGAGGAAUAACUAUUUAAUACUCGGUCUGGAGGCGGAUGAGCAGAGAGUGGAAUCGGCGAGGAAACGAUGUCAGAAGUUUCUGCCACAAGAGGCACUUAACUCAAUUAGCUACAAAAAGGAAUUCAUCAAAGCGGACGCCAACUCCCGUGCCCGCAUUGAAGGAUACGCCUCCAAGUUGGCCCAAAGUCAUGGAAUGUUGCCAGGACUAGACACGGCGAUAAUUGGUUUGCAUGCGUGCGCGGAUUUAAGCAUCAGCGCCAUGAUAUUGUUCCUGACAAUGCCGCAAGUGCGGUCUCUCCACAUCAUGCCCUGCUGCUACCACAAGCUCGCUCUGCGCUCAGAGAACGACACCAUGACGAGCACGACGAGUCCCUUUGUAAACUUCCCCCUGAGCAAUGGACUCCGCAAUGCCAUAUCAGCAGCAACAUCAGUGGGAUGCUUCAAUCGUCCCUUCAUGCGUCUGGCCUGUCAGGAGACAAGUUCACGCUGGCGUAAGGAUUCCUUCGCACAUGCCGACCAUGGACGCCAGAUGUACAUGCGUGCUCUGGCGAAUGCCUUAUGCGAUGUCGAAGAGCUGGUCAAAGUCAAGGUCUGCUCCAAGCCAGCUUUGCUCUCCCUCGAAGAUCGAGACAGCUUCAACGAAUUGCAGCAACGUUAUCAACUGUACUCGCAACAGACGGGGAAUCCCCUGGAUUGGCGGCAUGUGCAUGAGGAACGCUUCAUCCAGAUUGGCAAGAGGUAUUCCGACGGACGGGGAUGCCGUCUGGCCGAGGCAUUGUGCUGUUUACAGACGAGCAUGCAGAAACUCUGCGAGAACUUGGUUCUGUACGACCGUCUGUGUUUUCUGAAGGAUGCGGCUGCAGGACAACAGCUGCAACUUGAGGUGCGCUAUGAGAAGCUGUUUGAUGAGCAAAUAUCUCCACGCUGCCAUGUCCUGAUUGCCAAGAAGUUGUGA